CGCCGAUAAGACUAUUUCAAAGCUUGCGCCUCACUCUUUGCUGGUUAUAGAGCAUCUCAAUUCCGAUCGGUACUAUCCUCAUUGACCUGUCUGAAUUGAUUGUCCAUCCCCUCACAUUCCUCCACAAUGGCACCGUCUCUCACCUCCCCGGCUCCUACCGCUCCACAUGAGCUUCCACAAACAUUUCCUAACCACAAAGCUCCCAAGAACAUCUACCCCGAUGGUAUUAAGACUUCGGGUCAACACCCACCUAUCUACGAUCGACUGCACCCCUACGAGGACUUCCCCAAGGAGAUAACAGGCCCCACCGUCUGGCACGCAGAAGACUACAAGAACAACCCCGAACGCUGGACGCAUCAGUUCUCCGAUUCCGAGCUCCAAGAAAUAUCCGAUGCGGCCGAUAAAUUCAUCGCGGCCGGCACGCCGCUUACGGGAAUUGCGCAGUCCAACUUCCCACUUCCAGAAUUUGGCAAGUUUCUUGGCGUGCUGAGAAAGGAGUUGAUUGAUGGGAAGGGAUUCAUCUUGUUCAAAGGAUUGCCCGUGCAGGCGUGGGGUCUCCACAAAUCUGCCGUCGCGUACAUGGGCCUCGGGACCUACCUCGGCUACUUCGUCAGUCAGAACUCGCGAGGCCAUGUGCUGGGCCACGUCAAAGACCUGGGCGAAGACGCUACGCAGAUCGAUAAAGUGCGUAUCUAUCGGACGAAUGCGCGGCAGUUUUUCCACGCCGACGAUGCGGAUCUGGUGGGGUUGCUGUGCGUGGCGAAGGCGCUGGAGGGCGGGGAGAGCGAUUUGGUGAGCAGCCAUGCGGUGUGGAAUGAGCUGCAGAGGCAGGAGCCGGAAGUCGCGAGGCUGUUGACGGAGCCGGUUUGGUAUUUUGAUCGCAAGGGGGAGAAGAGUAGAGGAGAGGAGGACUGGAUUCGGACGAGUGUGUUUUAUCUCGAGACUGGGGAGAAUCCUAGGGUCUAUUCGAAAUGGGACCCCUACUACAUCCGCAGCCUAACCCGCUUCUCCGACGCCGGACUCAUUCCUCCUCUCUCAGACGCGCAGAAACGCGCCGCCGACGUGCUCGAAGCUACGUGUGUGCGCCUCGCACUGCACAUGAUUCUCGACGUCGGUGAUAUACAGUUCCUGUCGAAUAAUCAUGUCUUUCAUGCGAGGACCGCAUAUAAAGACUACCCGCCGCCGGCGCCAAGAAGGCAUCUUAUGAGGCUGUGGUUGAGCACGCCGGAGGAUGAGGGCGGGUGGAGGCUGCCGUUUCACGAUAGUAGGGAGAAGAAGAGGGGCGGGAUUCAGGUCGAUGAGACGAAGCCGGUGGCGCCUUUGGAUGCAGAGUAGGGACGUGAGGUUAGGUGUAUGUUGUGACUUGAGAAGAAUGGAUGUGGGCAUAUAAGAAUACAUAGAAAGUUCGACUAAGCGCCUUGAACCAUUGUAACUAAAUCAACGGCACAUUUAGGCAUCUACAGAUGCAGUGGCACUUUCCGGUUCCGAAUGUGGAUGGCACACUAAGCCUGUCAUGGGAUGGCGCACUAGCUAACCGAGCCUUGAUGUUGUUUUGAG